GGUUUUUUGAAACACUAAGCAGUUGUGAUAGUUGACAUACACAAGAAUAACUUAAUAGAAACAUGAAGACGUUCACAUUAGUUGGUAUUUGCCUUACCAUUCUGGUAGUAUCAGUUGCAGGAAGCGAAGCUAAUAAAAUACCACCCAAAUCUGGAGCACCAGAGGCACCCAAACCACCACAACAGAAGCCAACACCACCAAAGUCAUCUCCACAUCCUGCAUCAUCACCAAAGCCAUCUUUCCAUGAGGAUGACAGUUCUUCUUCUUCUUCUUCAGAGGAACACUCAAAAUUACACCGCCUUCUGAGAAUAGUUCCACAUGGUGUAGAACGUGUUUUGGGUGGAAAACUGGAAUUCGUUUCAGAUGCAAUUGAAGAUGCAGCUGACAUCACUCACGAUAUCAUCAAACAAGGAACGAAUUUCAUUGCUGAUGCAGCAGACAAAAUACGCCCACAUGAUCAUGGACACAAAAACUGAUUGCAAUGAUUUGUUGAAACCGAUGUUUGAUUUCUUGUAUUCUUUCGAUUGAUAGAAAAUAUAUUCUGCAAAUUCAAAUAAGUAAA